CCCAGGCGGGCUGGGGCUGAGCCCGGGGCCAGGGCGGGGGCUCCGGGGAGACCAUGCCCCGAGGCCGGCCGGGCGCAGCAUGGCUCACGGGCCGGGCGCGCUGAUGCUCAAGUGCGUGGUGGUCGGUGACGGGGCGGUGGGCAAGACGUGCUUGCUCAUGAGCUAUGCCAACGACGCCUUCCCUGAGGAGUACGUGCCCACUGUCUUCGACCACUACGCAGUCAGCGUCACCGUGGGGGGCAAGCAGUACCUCUUGGGACUCUAUGACACCGCUGGACAGGAAGACUAUGAUCGUCUGAGACCUUUAUCUUACCCCAUGACCGACGUCUUCCUCAUAUGCUUCUCUGUGGUAAAUCCAGCCUCAUUUCAAAAUGUAAAAGAGGAAUGGGUCCCAGAGCUAAAGGAAUAUGCGCCAAAUGUCCCCUUCUUACUAAUAGGAACCCAGAUUGAUCUCCGAGAUGACCCCAAAACUUUAGCAAGACUGAAUGACAUGAAAGAAAAACCUGUCUGUGUGGAACAAGGACAGAAACUAGCGAAAGAGAUAGGUGCAUGCUGCUAUGUGGAAUGUUCAGCUUUAACCCAGAAGGGUUUGAAGACUGUGUUUGAUGAGGCUAUCAUAGCCAUUUUAACUCCAAAGAAACACACAGUUAAAAAACGAAUAGGAUCAAGAUGUAUAAACUGCUGUUUGAUUACGUGA